AUGGCCCACGAUACCUGGCAGAGCCCCUUGGCAGCUCGCUAUGCCAGCAAAGAAAUGCUGACUUUAUUCUCACCUCGAACCCGAGCAACGACCUGGCGCCAACUCUGGAUCUGGCUCGCUGAAGCGGAAAAAGAACUUGGUCUCGAUAUCCCGGAUGAGGCAGUUGCUCAGAUGGAGGCGGCCAAAAUCAUGACGGACGAUGAUUUUCAGGUCGCGGCCGUAGAGGAAAAGCGACGACGACACGACGUUAUGGCCCACGUUCACGCCUUUGGUCAACGUGCACCUGCAGCUGCUGGGAAGAUACAUUUGGGCGCCACUUCUUGCUACGUGACAGACAACGCGGACUUGAUAUUUUUGAGGGACGGACUCUCGAUCCUGUUGCCGAAAAUUGCCAAGUGUGUCAAGAAGCUGUCGGAUUUUGCGCUGCAAUACAAGGCCUUGCCUUGCCUAGGAUUCACCCAUGGACAGCCCGCUCAACCCAUCACAGUUGGUCGUCGAGCUACGCAGUGGAUUGAAUCGCUACUCAUGGAUCUGAGGAACUUUGAACGCGCUCGUGCGGACCUUGUCUUCCGAGGCGUCAAAGGCACCACGGGGACCCAAGCGUCCUUCCUGGAGCUAUUCCACGGCGAUCACGCAAAAGUCAAGCAGCUCGAUCAACUGGUUACCCAAAAAGCCGGUUUCAGUAAACGCUCCAUUGUCUCAGUGCAGACCUAUAACCGCAAAAUCGAUUUUGACAUCGCCAAUGUCCUUGCUUCAUUCGGCACCACGUGUGAGCACAUCGGCACGGACCUGCGGCAUUUGGCCAUGUUAAAAGAAGUCGAAGAACCCUUUGAGAAGGACCAAAUCGGUUCAUCUGCCAUGGCUUACAAGCGAAACCCCAUGCGCUCGGAACGUAUCUGUUCUCUUGCUCGGAAGCUGGUUUCGCUGGCAUCUGGGUUCGGGCAAACGUACGCCCACCAGUGGUUUGAGAGAUCGUUGGACGACUCGGCAAUCCGACGUAUUGAUAUCCCCGAGAUGUUUCUGAUAGCCGACGCGCUGUGCAUUCUGCUUGAAAACGUGUCUUCCGGCCUGGUCGUGUAUCCACAAGUCAUCAGCGCCCGCCUGCAGCAGGAGCUUCCAUUUAUGGCCACCGAGACCAUGAUCAUGCGCAUGGCUGAAAAAGGCGCCAGUCGGCAAGAAACCCACGAGCAGAUUCGAGUACUGUCUCAUCAAGCCGCGGCGGUCGUGAAGUUGGAAGGUCAGGCAAACGAUCUCGUUGACCGCAUCAAGAACGAGAAGUUUUUCGAACCCAUCUGGAACGAGUUGACGCCGGAAGAUUUGUUAAACCCAUCGAAGUUUGUCGGCAGGUCGGCGGAACAGGUUGAUGAAUUCGUGGAAGAGGCAGUCGUGCCGGCCUUGGAGCCGUACAAGGACCAGAUUCUGAGCAGUGCGGCUGCAGAUAUUCACGUUUGA